AUGUCUACGAAAACGGCGCUGAAGGCUGCGAAGGCGGCCAUUGGCGCAAAGGAUUGGGAGGAAGCGAAGAACCAAGCGACAGCAGUGCUGGAGAAGGAGCCCCAAAACUACUUCGCCUAUCUGUUCCUCGGACGCGCCAACGACGGUCUGAGCAGAUUCGACGAAGCGGCGAAAGCCUACUAUGACGCGACCAAGCUCAAGCCUGAAGAUCCACAGGCAUGGCUCGGGCUAAGGGGCAUGUACGAAGGUCUCAAGGGCGCCAAGGUUGAUGAGAACAUUGAUGUCGGACUGGAACUAGCGCAGAUAUACAUGAAUUUGGACGACGCGCACAAGUCCCAAUCUGCCAUCGAUAAGCUCGUAGAUCACGCCCGUGCUCAUGGCACCAAGACUCAAUAUGCACGCGCACUCAGUACCCAGCUGCCGUCCUUUCCCGUAUACUCUUACCUCGAAGGUCGUCUGCCAGACCCGUCAAAAACGUACACGCGCAUCGCCGAGAUCCACGAGACACAGGAGGCUUCCACAAUCAAGCGGCUCAUAGAAGAGAGACGACUUCGCAUCGGCGCGACACUGGAGGGUACCACAGCCUCUGUUAAGAACGAGAUAUACGCUACUAGCCCGCUAGAAGGGAUAUACGAGGAGAUCAUCAACUGGACGGGCGAUGACGAGCUGAGACGGGAAUACGAGGAGAAGCUGCUUGCUAGAGCGUACGAUACCUUGAUGGUGCUGCCAUCAGGAGAAAAGGCGGAGAAGAGGGAGAAAGUCAUGAAGCUGGCCCAUGACAUGGUUGUGAUCAAGCACCCGAACCUCCUGGCUUGGACAAUCGAGUUGGAGUGGCGGAGCGGUAUGGAGGUCGAGGCAUACUAG